AUGGAGUUUUUCAAAAUUUUACUUUAUACGAUUGCUUGUAUCCUUUUCGGAAUCUAUCUUGUGCUACGUAAAAGAUAUUCCUAUUGGGCGGAACGAGGUAUUUUACACGACAAACCGGAACUUAUUUUUGGCAACAUGAAGGAGUUAGGGCGUACAAAAUCAGCAUUUAAAAUUGUUCAGGAUCUUUAUAUGAAAUACAAAGGAAAAGCAAAUUAUAUUGGUUUAUAUUCAUACAUACAACGUGCUUUAAUCGUACUUGAUUUGGAACUCGUGAAAAAUGUACUCAUCAAGGAUUAUGAGUAUUUCUCUACUCGUGGUAUUUACUAUAAUGAAAAGGAUGAUCCGAUUUCGGCGCAUUUAUUUAACUUGGAUUAUGAAAAGUGGCGAAUUAUGCGUAUUAAACUUACUCCGACAUUUACUUCGGGAAAAAUGAAAUUUAUGUUUCCAACUGUAGUUGAUGUUGCCACCCAAUUACUUGACGUAAUGAGAGAUGCACAUGAAUUAGAUACAUCCAAAACAGGAUCUGAGUUUGCAAAUAUUAUUGCGCGAUAUGCGGUGGAUGUCAUCGGAAGUGUUGUUUUUGGUUUAAGUUGUAACAGUCUCAAGGAUCCUGGAGCAGAAUUUAGAGCAAUGGGUGAAAAAGGUUUCCGUUGCCGACACAUAUGGUUAGUGCAUUCAUUUAUAAAUUCUUAUCCGGACUUAGCCAGAAAAUUAGGUAUGAAAUUUUACUUCGAUGAUGUUAGCGAAUUUUUUUUACGUAUUGUUCGUGAAACUGUAACAUAUCGUGAGAAAACUGGAACACAACGAAAAGAUUUCUUAAACCUGCUUAUAGAUUUGAAAAAUUCAGAUACUGCAGAUCCUAUGACAAUGGAGCAGAUAACAGCACAAACAUUUGUAUUUUUCACUGCCGGAUUUGAAACAAGUUCAUGUACACUGAGUUUUUGUCUAUAUGAAUUGGCUCUGAAUCAAAUGGUGCAGAAUAAACUUAGAGAGGAAAUUAUGGAAGUACUUACACGUUAUGAAGGAAAAUUUACAUAUGAAGCAAUGAAUGAAAUGAAAUAUAUGGAAAAGGUUUUAAAUGAAACUUCGCGAAAACACUCCAUUGUGCCGUGUUCAUUACGUAAAGCAGUGAAAGAUUAUGUUAUACCGAAUACAAAUCAUGUUAUUGAAAAAGGCAUGAAUGUAGUAAUACCUCUUGAUGCAAUUCACCAUGAUCCAGAAUAUUUUCCAAAUCCAGAAGUAUUUGAUCCAGAAAGAUUUUCUUCAACAGAAGUAAAAAAACGGCAUCCAAUGGCUUUUUUACCCUUUGGCGAUGGACCUCGGAUUUGUAUUGGAAUAAGAUUUAGCAAAAUGACGAUUAUGAUAGGUUUAGUAAUGAUAUUGCAGAAUUAUCGUAUUUUGCCUACGAUUAAAACUGAAGUUCCAAUUCAGUAUGACAUACAUAAAUAUAUGAAGAGUAGUAGAAAUGGAAUUUAUUUAAAAACUGAGAAGAUUAGUUAGAUUUAAAGA